UCACCAGACUCACCAACAUCACCAGCCUCACCAACAUUGCCAGCCUCAACAACAUCACCAACCUCACCAACAUCACCAGCCUCACUGGCUUCACCAGCCUCAUCAGUUUCACCAACAUCACCAGCCUCACCAACAUUGCCAGCCUCACUUGCUUCUCAAGCCUCACUAGCCUCACCAACAUUGCCAGCCUCACCAGCUACACCAGCCUCACCAAUGUCACCAGCCUCAUCAACAUUGCCAGUCUCAUCAACAUUGCAGCUACACAAGCCUCAUCAACAUCACCAGCCUCCAGCUACACCAGCCUCACCAACAUCACCAGCCUCAUCAGCCUCACUGGCCUCACAAACUUCAUCAGCACCGCAAGCCUCAUCACCAGCCUCACUGGCCUUAUCAACAUCACCAGCUUCAUCAGCAUUGCCAGCCUCAUCAGCAUCACCAGCUUCAUCAGCAUCACCAGUCUCAUCAACAUCACCAGCUUUAUCAGCAUCGUCAGCCUCAUCAACAUCACGAGCAUCAUUGGCCUUAUCAACAUCACCAGCCUCAUCAACAUCACCAGCCUCAUCAACAUCACUAGUCUCACUUGCCUCAUCACUAGCUUCAUCAGCAUCGCCAGCCUCAUCAACAUCACCAGCCUCACUGGCCUUAUCAAUAUCACCAGCUUCAUCAACAUCACCAGCUUCAUCAGCAUCACCAGCUUCAUCAGCAUCACCAGCCUCAUCAACAUCACCAGCCUCAUCAGCCUCACCAACAUCACCAACCUCAUUAGCCUCACCAACAUCACCGGCCUCACCAACAUCACCAGCCUCACCAACCCCACCACCAUCACCAGCCUCACCAACAUCACCGGCCUCACCAACAUCACCAGCCUCAACAACAUUGCCAACCUCACUAGCUUCACCAGCCUCAUCGCCAGCCUGA